AUGUUUUUACAUUCGUUUUUACCGUUUUCAUCGUCCGCGCUCGACAAAGGUGACGAAAUACGUAUAUCCAUUCAGAAUCGCGAUGCGCAUACGUUACCAAGCGAUAGUUUUAUCUAUAUAGAGGGUAAAAUAACGAAACCUGCCGAACUCCUAACUGAGAUAUCUAUCGCACAAAAUGGUUUAGCAAAUUUAUUUAACGAAAUUAAGUAUGAAAUAAACUCUACCGAGGUACAGCGGGUUAAAAAACCAGGAAUAACUAGUGCUAUGAAGGGUUAUUGCUCGUAUUCACCCGCCGAUGCGAAUAUCCUGCAAAACGCUGCUUGGGAUAUCACUAACAAAAAUGCUAAUUUCGUGAAAGACAACACGUUCAGUGGCUGUAUUCCGUUGAAACACGUUUUCGGUUUUUGCGAAGACUACAAGCGAAUAUUGAUAAAUUGCAGUCAACAACUAAUAUUGAAUAGAUCGAUGUCGGAUACGAGCGCACUACAUUAUACCAGCGUGGUGGGCGGGGACAUGGCUACCGCGUCGGUUAAGGCGUUGGUGGCGAAAGUCAAAGUUCAGCUAACGCGAGUGUUGUGGAAAGUACCAGUGAUCAAAGUCGACGAUCGGGAGCGGUUGAAGCUGAUGAAAAUCAUCGAUAGCAAAAAAAUGAUAAAUUGCGCUUUUAGAAAUUGGGAGCUUUGCGAGUAUCCGAAUUUACCGCAAACGAGCAAACACUCUUGGAUGGUUAAAACGUGCUCUUUAUUUAAUCGCUUUUCUCACGAAUACGCCUGGAAGCGUGGCGGACGGUUACAGCGGUGA